CAAAUAGUAAUGAUUUUCCGCAUUCUGAUAAUGAAGGCGAGAAGUCAAAGAAUAUUAAACAAAAAAACCGACUUAGUUUAAAUUUGGAUAGAUUCUUAAGACAUGAUGAUCAUAAACAUAAAAGCCUCAACAACAAUGACAUAACUGAUAUGUUCCUUCCGGAAACCAACAGCUCACCUAUUAGAACUAAGGGGCGUCUUGAUUCGUCCGGUUCAAAACGAAACCCAAUUGUAACUGUAUUAGACACUUCUCAUCAAACUGAAUCUCCGGUAUCUAUAAUGCCUGGCGUUAAUUCUUUCGGUGUGAUUAAUGAAUUAGUUCAUGAAGAUCUCCCAAAAGUUAAGAUUACUUCUAUUGAAGAGCAGACAGAAGAAUUUAAAGAAGAAAUUGGUUAUUCAUCCGCUAAUUCUGUUAACGAAGAUCGGUCUAUCAAUGAGCAACAACAAAAAUCAAGACCAAUUUCACAAGUCUCGUCUAGCAGUAUCAACUCUGAAAAAUAUGAGCCUAACGCUAAUGAUGACUUCAAACAUUAUAAUAAUCAGCUUGAAGUUGAAAUUAAUGGCGAUUCUAAAUCUGACACUAACAUUAAUGGUAACAUUAAUGGUAACAUUAAUGAUAACAUUAACGGUAAAAUUAACGGUAACAUUAAUGGUAACAUUAAUGGUAACGGUAACAUUAACGAUAACAUUAACGGUAACAUUAAUGAUAAUCUUAAUGGUAAUAUUAAUGAUAACAUUAAUGGUGACAUUAAUGAUAAUAUUAAUGGUAAUUUUAAUGAUAACAUUAAUG